CUUCUGUACCGUCAAUGUAAAGUUGUUUUUAGUGCAUUAUAUUAACAACAAACUGUGAUUUUGACUAAAUUUUUGUGAAAGACAAUGUUUUUCCUAUACUUUUCGUUUAAUUCGGAAUGCAGAAUCAAUAUUGAUUUCUACAUGGUUUUAUUAAGCUUCAGCGUAUUAACUUUCGGCGUGGAUUCUUACGAAAGGAAAAGAUCUCUAGGUGAUCCAAGGAUUCAACCAUUUAAUUUUCCAGAGAAACUAACUGAAGGUCAAAAAACUAAAGUUCUAUGUACUGUUAUUGAUGGCACUGGACCAUUUAAAUUUCUCUGGUAUAAAAAUGACCACUCUCUCGCGACUUCACCUUCCGUAACAAUUCAAAAUAGUGAAGAGUAUUCUAUGUUGCUCUUUAAUUCGCUUUCCACUGACCAUGGUGGAAAUUACUCAUGUGUAGUUUCGAAUUCCUUUGGAAGGGAUUCUUAUUCUUCCCAACUCAUAAUAAAUGUACCACCUACUGUUGUGCAAGAACCUGUGGACCAAACACUUGAAGAAGGUUUUAAAGCCUCAUUUCUUUGUCAAGCUACAGGCCAUCCUGAACCUUCUAUAACAUGGCAAAGAGAUGAAACAAACAAGGAAAAUUUUGAAGAAGGAAGGAUCAAGACAUUCUCUAAUGGGACACUAAUCAUAACUAGUGUCAAAAAAAGAGACGAAGGAAUUUAUAAAUGCACAAUUAGUAAUAAUAUUGGUCAAGAUUUACAUAAAUUAGUUUCAUUAACUGUUAUUGUUCCCGCUCGCUUUGAGGAGAAAUUUACUAUGAAAAAUGUUCGAAGAGGAGAGACCGCGACUUUAAAAUGUGAAGCAGUUGGAGACAAACCACUGAGUAUUACUUGGACAAAAGACAAAGCUGAAAUCGAUUUUAAAAAACAUACCAGGUUGGAGAAGUUCGACAGGGAUAUAGAAAAGGGCUUGAGUUCAGAACUGAUUAUUCGAACAACUGACCGAAAAGACGGAGCCUUAUACGGAUGCUUAGCCAAAAAUGAAUAUGGAUCAGAUGAACGAAAUAUCAAACUUCUGGUUGUAGAAGUUCCUGCGCAGCCGUUAGAUGUAAAGGUGAAAGAGGCAUGGAGCCGAACUGCAAAUAUUGUAUGGUCCGCCCCUUAUUCAGGAAACAGUCCAAUAACUAAAUACAUUAUUCAGUACUGGAGAGACAGAGGUGGCCCUCACCGUCUCCUAGAAGAUAUCAUUCCUAGCACUCAAACUCAAGUCUUAUUGAAAAAUUUGCGACCCGGAACGCCCUACGCCGUCACAGUUCUUGGUGAGAAUGAGAUUGGACAGGGACAGCCCUCGGAUGUGCUCAAGUUUGUUACGGGAGAAGAAGAACCAGUUGGUCCUCCUACAGAUGUCUGGGUUGAAGCUAAAAGUUCCAACUCCAUUUUAGUAACAUGGAAACCUCCCCCGCGUGAGCUUUGGAACGGGGAACUCCGUGGUUACUUCGUGGGUUACAAGGUAGAUGGCACUUCGCAUCCGUACUCCUUCAAGACGGUGGACAAUGCAGCUAACGACAGCCACGAGUAUCUUCUGACCAACCUCAUGAAGUCCAACAAGUAUAACAUUGUCGUCAAAGCCUACAACAGCGCCGGCACUGGACCACCCUCACAGGACCUCAUUGCUAAAACCUUAGACGGAGAUGUACCAGAACCUCCAUCGUUUACUGUCGUUGCUGCAUCUGAAUCCAAGAUUAGCCUUAGGUGGGGAGAUCCACCUUCAAGAAAUAUCCCGGUUACAGGAUACACCCUCCACUAUAAGAAAGAAGGAGGGGAGUGGUAUCAUAUCCCCAUCAUCGCCUCGAGCAGCAAAAAUCGAUUCACCAUCACGGGCUUGGAGAGCUCCACGCCGUACAAAAUCUACAUCACAGCAUCCAAUCAACACGGGAACGGCGAACCCAGUGACAUCACCACGGUCACAACUUCCAUGAAAGGUUUCGUAAUCGGCAAUUCCGAGACAUACGUGGACCUCUCCGUCAUCGUCCCCGUGGCAGCAUGCAUCCUCGCCUUCUUCGUGGUCACGAUAGUCGUUAUCAUUUACUACAGAAAAUCCAAAGCAAGGAACAACCUGGAGAGAGCUCUUCAGGGAGGCAAGCCUUUCCCGUACACGGGAUCGACGCAGAGGUACAUUGACAUCGACAAGACUCGUCUGCCUGCUGAACCGGGCACCCUCACUUCCUCGUAUGCCACCAUCCCUGCAGACCAGAUCAAUGAGGAAGGCACGCAGGAAAUGAAAGCCUUCAUGCAUGGGAAUAUGAAAGAUAGACCAUUGCCAUCUAAACCUUCUUCCAUGAAAAAGAAAAACAAGGGGCACGUUUAUGACACUGCACAGUGAAGACAGCAUCUAACGGGACUAUGAACGAAAUGAAAGAACCUGCUUAUCAGAAUGAAUUUCUUAUAGUCAAUAACAUUCUGAACGGGACCGUUUUUUAUACUCUAAAUCAAUGUGCGAUUCUGAUACUCGGUAUGUGUAAAAACCAAACAAUAAUUUAAUUCUUUCCGAAAACGAUCCUAAAUCUUAUUCAUAGGAUUAUUUCGGUAACGAUUUGAUUCUGUAGAAAAUACUCCUAUAUUAUUCACUGAAAUUAAUCUUUCGUGUUCCUUAAAAUUUGGUCACGUGCUCAUUUAUCCAGUAAAUGAAAAGAAAAGCCAUAAAACCAGUAGAUUACAAAAGAAUGAUCCAGUUUUGAAAGGCUAUAUUUGAGGAAUAAAUAGUUUGCAUAUUUGAUCGAUUGUUAAUUUUUUAAAGUAGUUAUUUUCAAAUUUCAUUACUAUAAAAUCAUAAAUAUUGUAUUUUGUUGUGCGUUUACACAACUCUUAUGGCUGUGAAAUGCGUGAAUCAGCAUGUAUAGUUUGAAACGAACAUGUCUUUGCAAAACUUUCUGCGUAUUGUAUCAUUUGGUAAGUGGGUUUUCUAUGUUUGCAAACGAAAGCAUGGCGAAUCUAUAGCACAAUUUGUUUAACAAAUAUUAAAACUUUUGCUUUUAUAAAAAGUCCUUUUUCCUUAUAUUGACGAAACCGAAUACCGUAUUCGUGCGAUGAAACAGUUCAUCAAACAACAUUGGCCUAUUCUCUUUUGGCAAAUACAAAGCUACAUUACAGAAAGCUACAUUACUUCCUAUUGUGUGGUGGCAAUCCUAAAUUGAAAGCAAAAAAAAGUAAAUUUUAAUAAUUCUAUGAAGGACAACCUAAUGACUAAAUGCUUUAGAUUUCAGAAUGUAUCCCUCGCAAUGAUAUAUAAAACAAUACUCAAAGUUACUUGGUAGCAGAAUUAUAGCCUUUCAAAACUGGAAUGAUCAAAGAGGAAUGAAUCUCGUUUUUUUUUUAAAUAAAUCAUUACUUGAUACUAAAACAUUACUUGAUAAAGUUUCAAAAAUUUUAAAUUAUUCGUUAUUUAAAGAAGCCUAGUUUGGUCAUCUGGCAUCACUUUAAAUAUUGUUCAUAUUUUAUUUAUUGUGAUUUAAACUUACAAAUUUUCUGAAUACAUUUUUACUGUGCCAAUUUUGAAAAACAUCAAUUUAAUUACGAUGUUGUUUCCAAAUUAUUUAUGCAUUGUUAAUUGUGAUCAUUAUCUUUUCAUAGAGAAUUUUUUUUUCUUGUACCUUACUUGAUAACCAUUCUAUAGUUAAUUUUUUUCAUAUAUAGUAUAACCCAAAAGGGUUUUACGAUAUGAUAAAAGAAUUCGAAAGUGUUACUUUAUAGUUUCCCCUUUUAUUAUUACUGCAUAUCAGCAUAAUUAUAGUGGAGCAAUAAUAUGACAUCAUUAUUUUUAAAUAGGCAGCUUUCGAAAAUUAUGAAGUGACCGAAUACUUGGCAGUUGCGUUGUGUGUGCAUGUUAAGGCUUUAUUUGUAAGCUUUUUAUUUUGUCUUUUUUAUAUAUCUUUGUGUUAUUGACUAGCUGACAGAGGAAAUAAUUAUCAGAUCCUCGCAAGAAGUAUUUUAUUUUUGAUGUAUUAUUAUUAGUUGCCCUUCUUGUGUUUGACCAUAUCAAGUGUUUUAUGAUACUUAAUUUUGUUACGUUUUGCAAUAAAUCAUUUAUUACACA